UGGUGGUGGGUUUUUAUCAUGUUAGGGAGAGCGAAAAGGCCCAGCCAAGCUGGUUAUGUGAAACCAGCUUAGUAAUUUUUUUGGUUUGUGUUUCAGCAGGCUUCAGAAAGGGCAAAUUUUUAUAUUGCACAAAUACAUUUUCUUCAGUUUCUGGUGCAAUUCACACAUUUUUGAUCGUUUAGGACAAAAUUAAAAGAGCACAUGCAGUGUUCGUAAGUGAGUAUUUGAUAUGUGAAAACAGCCUGUGACUGUUCUAUACUGUAGUAUAGUGUGAUUUCUAAGCAUGAAUUUUGAGUUAUACUUAACAGAUCCUUAUAUCAAAACCACCCACAGCCCACCUUAAGUCCUGAUUCAGCUUUAACUGAAGCUGGAGAACUUUCUUAAUGACUUUGGAAAGAAUAGAAUCAGGCUCAGGUUUAUGUGUAACAUUGAUAUUGUGUUAGUCUGGGAGAACUGAUUAUUAAUUUUCUUGUCAUUCUUCUGAGAAAAGAAUUUGGUUUACUAGAAAGACUAACUUGUCUUUGCAAUAUUGUGACUGCCUGGUUGUGAUUGGGGUGCAGUUUGCAUUCUGUGGCUUUGACAGAGGUUAUAUUACAGUAACAAACUAUUUUAUCCUCAGAAUGAAGGGGUGAAUAAAAUAGAAGAGCCAUUCUUUAGGAGCAUGUCCUAGAGAGCAGAAGAGAUGCAGCCUGUUCCUCUACAUGAUGAUGUAGUCUUGCUUUUAUUGUCACUUCAUCAUUGUUAAAGGGGUUCUUUUGAAGUAGUCAGUGUCAUUUAGAUGACACCUUCUUUGUUUCCCUAAAGUGAAUUAGGCCCAAAUUAGAUAAUUUUCAAAGCUUCCUGCCAGAGUAAGGUGUUUGUUCCUGACAGCUGUACAGCCAUAGCUUUGCACACCCUGGUAUUGGUCACAAUAACUGUGUCUGGAUGAAAUGCCACUGCAGGACCAUUUGAUUGGGUUCUCUAACAGUCUCUGUCACAGUAGUGAUUUUAACAUCUGAUUCCUUUUAGUCUCUUUCAUUGUGACAGCUCUGGGGUUGGGUGGUCUCAAGGACAGAGGAAACACCACAUGAACUAUUCUUGACUCCAGGUACACAGUCAGACACGUAGGCAGUCAGUGAGUUCUGUACAAAAGUACCAGCUGGUUCCUUUGGAGCAUCCAAAAUUAAAUCAUUGCUACCAGGAUGGUGUCCACUCAAUUAUUCUUCCUGCUGCUGUACCAGCUGCUGUAGGAGUAACAAAAAGUCAUCUUCAUACUAAAAUGCUAAAAUAUGUGCUUGCAGGGCUUUCAGAGAUUAACUGUAAAGAGUUUGCACAGUCUCUGAUCAGAAAAUGAUGGGAAAGUCAGAGAAACUACUGAGUAAAAUAGCAUCAAAAGCAGUAGAAAUGGAAAAGGAGCUGAGAAAGCGAAAUCAUGUCCUUCCUCUGGGAGGACAGUGGCACAGUUCCUUCUUCCCCUCCAUUGUCUCCAGGAGAGAACUACUAAUUCUGCUGGGUUUAAAACACACAAACGAAAAGAAUAUGAGAACAAGUUACUGGGUCAAUAAUGAUGUGGAAGCAUUGUUAUAUUUUAAUGCAGAAGGCUGAGGAGGAGGGGGAAAGAGGUGCUGCUGCAAGAGGUACUCGUUACUGAUAAGGGAGCACUGGAGAAGGGCAGGAAUGUCCAGAAGUGGAUGUGUAGGCUGAGUGUAUUGUCUGAAAAGCUUGACUUUAGCAACACUGGACUCGUUGAACUGGCUUAGUCUGAUGUACGGAUGAAUGAGGGGUGAGCAGAAAUCUGACACUGUGGAAGGGUUUGUCACUAAGCUGUAUUAUUGCUGGAUCUGCUUUAGUAGAGGUGUAAUGGUGUCAUAGAAUCGGUUUGUGGGGAACUUCAUGCAAAUGUCCAAGCAGAAAGAGAGCAAAGCCUUGAGUUGGCUGUGGGGGCUGCAGGGUCUCCUUUAUUACGUCCUUUGAAAGGAGCUGAGCAAACACUUUGGGGAUGGCAUUAUGUCUCGGAGAUGGAGAGCUGAUCUAAGCAAAGAACAGCAAAGUGACUGUCGGUAAUUUCAGCAUUAGAGCUGUGUUGUUUAGAUAAGUUUGGUCAGUUCAGUGGCAAUCUUUGAAAUGGGGUCUGGCUAAAACUUUGGAGGUUCUUACAAGAGGAAUCCACUGUCCUUACCUAGUUCUUGAAACUGUACUUUGUAUAGCAAACAAAUUACAUUUUGGCAGCUUUUGUUCCAUUUUGAGGGGGCACUGGCCGGAGAGCAGUUGAGAGGAAAAUGUCUGCCCAUAUAUAUUUCAAGGAUAUGAGUUGGCAGGGAGCUAAAGCAGCUUCUCAGGUGAUGGUCACCCCAUCCACGUAAAAGGAGGUUAUUGUGUUCUGUUUGGUGGAUACCAAACAGGAAUGAAAAUGUUGUUUGGGCUUUGUUCCAUCCUUUGGACUCGUGUCUAAGGUCAGAGAUUAGCAUUUCCCUCCUCCUAUCUUGCAGCGGGGUAUAGAGAUGCUCUGAUUUUGUGCAAAGGCAUCUGAUACGCAGCCAGAUGCUUGUUGCCUUGAAACAUUUUGAACUCUCUCCAAAUGCUUAAGAGCCAAAAAGGCCUGGAGCCAGCACAUCCUCUGCAAGGCAAGAUGUGGCUGUUAAAAUGUUAGUGACUGUUUAUGGUGAGCAUGUGAUUAGGUUGCAUUUUGAAAGCUCCUGUUUAAUAUUUUUUCCUUUUCCAUAUAAGAUUUUGUGUGUGUGUUCCCUUUUUUGAAGAGAACGUGCACUUCUGAAGAGAUAGAACGGUUCCGUUUUAAGGGUCAGGAUGGCCACCUCAACCCUGGAGAACCAACUGCAGAGUGCCCAGAAGAACCUGCUGUUCCUGCAGCGGGAACACGCCAACACCCUGAAGGGGCUGCACGCUGAGCUGCGCCGCCUGCAGCAGCACUGCACAGAUUUAACCUAUGAGCUGACUGUAAAGAGUUCAGACUUGUCAGAAAGUGGUGGUUCACGAAGUGAUGAACUCAAAAGUAAGUGCAAAGAUCUUGAAGCUCAGCUGAAAAUCAAAGAGGCCGAAAAUAGUGAAUUGUUGAAAGAACUUGAGCAAAAGAAUGCAAUGAUAAUGGUGCUGGAAAAUACUAUUAAAGAAAGAGAAAAGAAGUACUUGGAAGAGUUAAAAAUGAAAAGCCAUAAGCUCAAUAUGUUGUCCAGUGAACUGGAGCAGAGAGCGAGCACGAUUGCCUAUCUGACCUCUCAGCUGCAUGCGGCGAAGAAGAAGCUGAUGAGCGCCACCGGGACUUCAGAGGGGACCCCGUCUGGCAGCCCCGUGCUGUCCAGCUACAAACCGUCCCCUCCCAAGGACAAACUGCCGGAGACGCCACGGCGCAGGAUGAAGAAGAGUCUCUCAACACCGCUGAACCCCGAGUUCGAAGAGGCCUACAGAAUAGGGUCGGAGAGCCGGAAGCUGGUGCUGCGAGAGCCCGUGGAUGCCAUGCCCGAUCCCACGCCCUUUCUGUUGGCCAGGGAAACGGCAGAGGUGCAUCUGAUUAAGGAGCGGCCGUUGGUCAUUCCACCGAUCCCGUCGGAUCGCGCGCCCGGCGAGUCGCACAGCCCCGCCCGCGAGAAGCCGCACAAGGCGCACAUCGGGGUCGCUCAUCGCAUCCACCACGCCGCGCCCGCCCAGCCGCAGCAGGAGCUGGAGACGCUGGCAGUGGAUCAGGUCCAUGGAAGCAAAGUGGUCAGAAAGCACUCGGGGACAGACAGAACUGUCUGAGCACGCCACGGAAGCGCUGUUCUGUGCUGGUUAUGCACUGUGAGCCUGUAGGGUAAAUAGCACCUGCGGUGAAGUUUCUUUUGAUGCCCCAUGCAUGCCAAACUCCUCCCGGGUACAUCAUUAAUAUAUUUUGCUCUAACGAAACCUCCUAGGACUGUGUUCAUAUGGCAAGGUAUAUAACCACUCCAUGCUGUGGCCAAAUCAGGGGAACCUGACCGCUUGCUUCCACGUGCUGCUCCAUUUAGUGUAAUGCACAUGUGGACAAAGGCACGGGCUGCGUUAGUGAGCGCUCCUAGAGAGAACACCCUUCCCUCACACUGCCGCCACACGUGUCGGCCGUUAACAUUUGACCUGGCAGGGGUUCUCUUGUCUCUAAUGUGUGUGUGAGCACUCCAGAGCAACCACUGACCUCUGCCACAGCCGCUCUCACAGCAGCACGGAAAGCUGGGCACAUGUACGUUCACUUUAAUGACCUAAGGACAUCCCCAGAGUCCCAGCAAGCACUACUUGAUUAAUCCUAAAUACUUUGGUUUGUGGCUUUAAGUAAAAUAUGGGUGGGGGAAGCACCAUUUAAAGGGUUAAUGACCCUAAUAGGAAGAGUAUGAACACUGGGUUGUUUGUGGGGAUUGUUUUGGGGUUUUUUUUAAUCAAAUGGCUUCACGACACAUUUUAUGCUAGUCAGUACACUGCACUUGUAGCACCUUCCAUACUGGCUCAGAGCUCCUUUUCCAGGGAGGAACUGUAACUGGCUAUCCAAUAUGGAAACGGUUCUUUAUGCUCUAACCUGCACUUUUUUUGUAAAGGGAUUAUUUUUGUUUCCUAAAAAACAGUCUUGUUUUGGGCAUCAUCAGACAGUGCUGACUGCUGCCAGCUUAGAAACCUGAGCUGCCCCGCUAAAAUGUGAGUAUUUAGUUUUAAGCGAUGUAACAGAUUCAUAGAGGAGAACCUGGCAUCCUUGAUUUCUGUCCUUGUGGAUUGGGAUGGACUUGCCUUGCACUUGCCCAGAUUCCCCUAUUCCUUUCUAGUGAGUAGCAGGUGGACCCAGCAUCUGUUAGACUACUUGAUUCUUUUUUGUAUUAUUUUUUCCUAGGAAAGAAAGGCAUACUAGGAACUGGGAGGGUAUGUAGUUUUGGGAAAGGAGCACGAAUUUGUCCAUUUUUCUUACAUUCUGAUCACCUCUGCUUCACUCUUGUCUGCAGCCUCUGAGUAGGACCAGCAAGAAACACUGGCUCCCAAAUGCUGCUAAGCUUAUGAUGUGCCUUUAAAAAUUUGGAACGUGUAUCCUCUGUGACAGCUGAUGAAGGAUCCCUGCUUGCCCUGUCCCCUCCCCUCGCCAGCUGUAGUCUGCCCUUCAUAAGCUUUUUCUGCAGCUGUGUUGGUGUGUGUCUCCCUCCAGAGCCUUGGACCACUGUCAGCGUCCCUGGCAAAGGCCCUGGCAGGCUGGCAGAGCUGUUCUCCCACCUGUGGUCCCGCUCGACUCCCGUGCAGCAUGACCCUUCCAGCAGGGCUGAUCCCAGGCAAGGCUCUGACCUGUGCCCGCCCUCUGUGCCCUCUGUCACUCGCUGUCCCAAAGCCCCAGACCCACCCAGCCUCGUGCCUUGCUGGCUCCGUGGUAGGAAUUUGUUUCACAAGUGGUGGGGAGGGAUAGGGAAAAGCUGUGUUCCCAGAAAGGGGUUGGUUAAAGCAAGGUUGUUUCUCUAAGGUUUACUGUUUUUACAUGUAUUGCAUUAACCAGCAGCAGGUUUGGUUGCUUUGGUUGUUGGCACCAUAUUUUUAUGGUCAUGUGUUGUAUGAGUGACCUACCCUGCCACUUGUUGGAGGCUGGUGGGAGGCACGGCUUCCAGGCACUGCAGAAGUGAUGCUUUGGGCAAUUAAAGACAUUUCUUACAACCA